UGUUUCUUUUUCUCUUUGAAAUUUCUCAUUGUGUGAACUUCUACGAAGGACAUGCUUAAUUUUUAAUGAUAGUUGUAAUUUAUCUGCUCAACAAAAUCUACAGCUAUUUGACGUCAUUCCACCACGUUGUAAAUAUACCUAGAAUGGAAGAAAUGUUGAGAGAAGGCAGCGUGCUGUGUAUUGGAAACCCACUUUUGGACAUAAGUGCGACAGUGUCGGACGACUUCCUUGAAAAGUGGAGCCUGAAGCCGAACGAUGCCAUUCUUGCCACAGAAAAGCAUGUGGCUCUCUACAAGGAGUUUGAGGCCAACUAUUCUGUCGAAUAUACAGCUGGUGGUGCUUCUCAGAACACUGCCAGAGUUGCGCAGUGGAUAUUGAAAAAGCCAAACAUUUGUGCAUACUUUGGUUGUGUGGGACGAGAUGAUUACAGUAAGAUUCUAAAGGAAAAGGCGGUGGCUGAUGGAGUCAAUGUGCAAUACCAAUACCACGAAACGGAACCAACGGGUGAGCCAUCAGUCUCCAAUCAAUCAAUUAUCUCAAUUUUAAAUAAUGCUUCAUAUUAUUUGCAGGGCUUCUUUUUAACAGUGAGUGUUGAAUCAAUUUUAGAAGUUGCUCAAGUUGCUCACAAACGAAACAAGCUGUUCUUGAUGAAUCUCUCCGCGCCGUUCCUAGUACAACUCUAUAAAUCUCAAAUGAUGCAAGUCUUGCCUUAUGUCGACAUUCUUUUCGGUAACGAAUAUGAAGCAUUGACAUUCUCCAAGGAGCACAAUUUCAAUACAGAGGAUAUAAGCGAAAUAGCCUUGAAAUUGAUGGCUUUGCCAAAACAGAAUUCUGAGAAAGGACGUAUCGUUGUUAUAACACAAGGCAAAGAAUCUGUUAUUCUUGCUCAAGAUGGAAAGGUGAAAGAAUUUGCCGUUGAAAGUUUACCUUCUGAGAAGGUCAUUGACACAAACGGGGCUGGUGACGCUUUUGUUGGAGGUUUCAUAGCGCAACUGGUAAAAGGCGUCGAUUUGUCGCAGUGCAUCAAGUGCGGCAUCUGGGCUGCGUCACGCGUCAUCGAGCGUAGCGGAUGCACGUUCGACGUCACGCAGAGCUACGACAAUGGAGACUGAUGACGUAAGCGACGGCAGUCGCCGCCGCCUCACGGACGCAAUACUUAACCAAACCAAGUUCCAACCAAGUUGCCUUCUCUCGAUGCCCGCCACUCCGCCCCUGUCUGUGCCUCAUCUCAAUUGCUUGAACAGCAAUUCGCCAAAAGUCCAAACUCCGCCCCUGUCUGUGCCUCAUCUCAAUUGCUUUAACAGUAACUCGCCAAAAGUCCAAACUACUCGAAAAGUGUGCAAUCUUCCUCAACCGUGCCUCAUCUGAAUUACUUGAACAGCAGCUGGCCAAAAGUAAACUACCCGAAAAGUGUGCAGAUCUACUCUGACAAUCAUGGAUUUGUAGAAGAAAAGGUGUUGAGAAAUUCCUGGAAAGUGUGCAAUCUUUCUUAUCUGUGCCUCAUCUAAAUUGCUUGUUCAGCAACUCGCCAAAAGUAAACUACCCGAAAAGUGUGCAGAUCUUUUCUGACAAUCAUGGAUUUGUAUAAGAAAAGGUGUUAUCAAAUCCCUGGAAAGUGUGCAAUCUUUCUUAUCUGUGUCUCAUUCCAAUUGCUUGUUCAGCAACUCUCCAAAAGUCGAGUUUACUAUCAUCUGUAAUGGAUUGCUGGGUGUUGAUCACCUCAAAAGUAAAGUACGCGUAAAGUGUGCAGAUCUCAUCUGAUAUGGAUUUGUAGAAGAAAUGGUGUCGACAAAAAUCUAUAAAGUGUGCAAUCUCCCUUAUCUGUGCCUCAUCUCAAUUGUUUGUUCAGCAAAUGUCCAAAAGUGAAAUACCCGAUAAAUAAAUUGAAAUGGAUCAUCCAUAUAACACAAGAUCAUCCCCUGACACAUCAUUCUUGCUAAACGUUAUUUGCCCGGCAUAUUUAUGAUCCUGUAGGUAUUCAUAUAUCUCAUUAAUCAAUCUAAGAUAUACGAUAUAUGUAGAUUGCUCUAUGUGUGGCCAAAAGCUCUGGUUCAAGUCCAAUGGCGAAUAAAUAUUUACUUUUUAUUAAAGAUUUCAAUGGAGUAAAGCUCAUGUUAGGUCAAAACUGUUUUUUUCGGAGUUACGCAAAUAAUUACUUGCCAUAUUACUGCAAUUAUUAAAACUACAAACUCCCCAGACGUAAGUAAACUUGCGAAAAGGUAUGCAGAUCUUGUCUGUAAUGGACUGCUGGAGUAAAAAUAGUCUACUAUCUCCCCUAAAUUCGUAUCGGAUUCCAUAUGAUAUAGAUUGCUAGACCAAAAAGUCUUUACUUACUCUCCAAGAAUCAACAGGUGACACGCACUUCAAUACGUUCUCAGUUGAUCACGAAUCAGCCGGGUGGAGGGUCGAAAUCUCAAUUCGUCAAGCUCCCGUUGCUCUCAAAAUGUCCAGUGGAUACAGUAUCCUAUAUUUCAUUCUAAAAUUAUAAAAUUAUACCAGCAAGAAUCUAACCCCUAACCUUCCCCCAACAUCACAUUUAACUACUGUAACUUCUCCAUAACCCAUUCUCACUAAUUGAGAACUAAUGUGCAACGGUGAAGCUGACUGCGAAACAACCUGCAACGUAAGCUUGAUACUGAGAUAUUUGACGAGCUGAACGGUUCAACUUUCCACUUGUUUCAGUUUAUAAAGAAAUGGCAGGCACUUGAUGAAAGUAGGCACUUGAACUGGUGAAAGUAGGCACUAGGAUGAACUGAUAUCGUGAGGAACUGAGACCCUCCCUGAUUAAUAAAUCCCGAGUAAUUGAAUAAAAUGCCCAACUAAUGUUACAGGUCUCAUUUGAAACGGAUUGCUAAGCUAUAAGGUAUACGUUGUAAAGCAAUUGAGUAAUUAAUUUGAAAACAAUUAAAACUAAAGCAACGCCAUAAAAAUCUGUCAAAUCUCAUAGAAAUAUUGUCACUAUAAAUCAUUUAUUCCAACUCCUUAAAAGUCAUGUCAGAUCUCAUCUAAAAUGGAUCGCCAGAUUAAAGAGUGUGUACCAAAAAACGUGACAAAUCACAUUUAAAAAGAAUUGAUGGAUGUUAAUACCUCUGUUCUUUUAUAUAUCUAUUAGUACAAAUUUAAUAAAUCUAUUAUGAAAUGAGGCACUUCUUGGGCAAAACCACAAAUUGGGAAAUAGUCAAUAUUCACCAUAAAUAUAAAUAUGCAUUCACAGAGAAAUGUACAAACCUAUGAUUGCAUACAAAUAAAUAUUGUUUAUAAAAUUGUAUGACGCUACAAUAGGAUUAUUAUAAAAAAUGAUGUUGUGUAUUUAGUGUUGUUAAUGAAAUAAUUUGGAACUUGUCAUAAUAAUUAUUCAAGUUAGUUGUGAUAGAUAAGCAUAAGUGAUAGUGGUGCAUAGGGGGGUAAUUGACGUGUAUUUUUUGGCAAUUUUAGAAUAGACUACUUUUUAUUUUAAACCAUUCAAGAGAAUUCUGUUAUCUGUUAUUUAGUGGUGGUAAUAUUGCAAACAUUGAAAAUCUGAUUAUUUUUCUACAGACUACAGUUAUGUUUUAACUUCAGAUUUUGAAGUCAAACCCUUUAAAAAAUAACGUUUUUAUUCUUGAAAAUUUUUAAUUUUUGUAAUAAUUUGUAACAAUAUGAUACCAUUAAAAUAUUUUAUUGUACAUACUGCGAUACAUAGAAAUGGGAAAAUGUUAAUUUCAACUUGUUUGGAACAAUGGAUGUAAUCUCAUUUAGUUAAUUGCUAGUGAAUCUCUCAUUUUUAUAAUCAAAAGUUGUUGAAAUUUGAUGUUGACAAACUUGUUGAGUAAAACUUGUUGACACUUUGGA